AUGGGGAAAAUUGCUACUUAUACAGGAUUUGUUUACUUGCACAUUCUACUUAAUCAUGUAAGGGCACCACAAUCAUGGGAGGAUAACUUAGUAGUUGAUGGAGUUGAGUGCUCGACAUUCCAACUUGCAACUGAACAACAAGGUUUAUUGGAGUGUGAUAAUAGCAUCCGAAAAUGUCUAGCUGAGGCAUCUAACACUCGCAUGCCAUCCGCUCUACGAAGAAUGUUUGUAUUUAUAUUGGUUUACUGUGAGCCAACAGGUGUUCGUAGCUUAUGGAAUGAUUUUCAUGUAUUUAUGAGUGAAGACUACCCUUCUUCAACUUCUAUCAACAGCUCCUAUCUUCUUAACAGAUUGCUGAAAGAGUUAAAUGACUUGUUGUCCCAACAUAAUAGAACAAUAUCUGAUUAUGACCUUCCAAGUUUCAAUCUGGGUUAUGAAGAUAGCUUUGCAAUUCCAAAGAUAAUACAAGAUGAGCUUUCUGUCUCCGUUUCUCAGCAAAAUUUGAAUUCUAUUUCUGCACUAAAUAGGGAUCAAGCCUUUGCUUUUCAUGCAAUUAUUGGAACUGUUGAACGUAAAGAAAAUGCCACCUACUUCGUUUACGGUCCAGGAGGUAUAGGAAAGACAUUUUUAUAUUGUGCUAUAUUAGCGUCAUUGAGGAGCCAAGGUCAUAUUGCUUUCGCAACAGCAUCAUCAUGUAUAGCAGCUACCUUGAUGCCUGGUGGAAGAACUGCACAUUCAAGAUUCAAGAUCCCCUUAAAUCCAUAUCGAUCUUCUAUGUGUUCCAUCAACAAGCAAUCUCAUUUGGCUGAACUAAUACGCUGUGCGUCAGUGAUAUUGUGGGAUAAAGCUACAAUGACAAAUCGUUUGGCCAUAGAAGCAUUAGAUAGAACUUUGAGGGACAUUAUGGGUGUGGAAAUGCCAUUUGGAGGAAAGGUUAUGGUUUUGGGCGGUGAUUUUCGCCAAGUACUCCCAGUUGUACCAAAAGGCACAAAGGCAGAAACCAUUAAUGCAAGCAUUGCUAAGUCAACGAUGUGGAGAAACGUACAAGUCGUUCGCUUGAAGCAAAAUAUGAGGUCUGUAAAUGAUCGUGAAUUCUCAGAUUUUCUUCUUUGUGUCGGUGAUGGAAAUGAACCUACCAUUGACGAUGAAAUGAUGGAGGUUCCUACGUCAAUGGUUAUACCAUGGGAGAAUGACAGGUCAAUUGAUAAACUAAUAGAAGAUGUAUUUCCUGACAUUGAGAGCUGUGCCGCUGAUUCCGAGUACAUGGUUGAUAGAUGUUUGAUUACUCCGAAGAAUGAAGAUGCUGAGAAUCUCAAUAAGAGGCAAGAGUUUUUGAAUUCUAUUUCACCCGGAGGAUUACCCCCGCAUGAAUUAAGAUUGAAGGAAGAGAUAUUAACGGGUGCUUUUAAAGGUACCAGAACUUUCCUUCAUCGGAUUCCGCUGAAGACCCCUGAGAAUAUAAAACUUCCGUUUGAGAUGACUCGAAGACAAUUUCCUAUUCGUUUGAGUUUUGCCUUAACAAUCAACAAAGCACAAGGACAAACGAUCCCCCACGCGGGAAUCUAUCUCCCGGAAGACGUCUUUAGCCACAGUCAAUUGUAUGUGGCAUUGUCAAGAGGCACAUCGCAGAAUACCACAAAAAUUUUGGUGAAGAAUGGCAAUAUUCGAAGGCAUGAAGGCGUAUAUGCCAAAAAUGUUGUGUAUAAGGAUGCCUUAUUGCCGUUGGAUUAA